AUGGAGGCCAGGAAGGUAGUCGAGAAUGUCCAGUGCAUCAACGGAGGCCUGACCUCGGUCGGCACCCUGCGACUCACCGAUUUCCACCUUGUUUUCUGCGCACCGCCUCCUCCGAAGGACGAGGGCAACAACAGUAGCCAGACUCCUCCGAAGAGCCGAGAAUCAUGGAUCACCUAUCCAAUCCUUUCACAAUGCACCCUCCGACUCAUGCCUCCAAACCACGGCAUCCAUAGCUCCAUCCGCAUCCGCUGUCGCGACUUCAUCUUCGUCACCUUCACGUUCGAGGACAAUAACAUUGCCCGAGAUGUCUUUGAGUUUGUGAAGCUCAGAACCUGUAAACUCGGUACUGUCGAGCGUCUCUUUGCCUUCAGCCACAAGGGCUCCAAGGCUGAGAGACAGGUCAAUGGCUGGAAGAUCUACGAUCCCAAAGCCGAGUUCCGCCGUCAGGGUAUUAGCGAGAAGUCAGCAGAUAAGGGAUGGAGGAUCUCCAACAUCAACAAGGACUACACCUUUUGCGACACCUACCCCGCUACUCUGGUGGUUCCCUCUUCGAUCUCGGACAAUGUGCUCAAGUACGCCAAGGAGUACCGAUCUCGACACAGAAUCCCGGUGCUCAGCUACAUCCACCCUGCCAACAACUGCACCAUCACCCGCAGCGCCCAGCCUUUGUCGGGCAUCACCAGAAAGAACAACGUUCAGGACGAGAAGCUCGUCAUGGCUUCCUUCGCCCCGACUGUACCCCGAGCCAGCAUCGACAGAGACCAGCCUCCCCGUCGGAGCCAGUCAGACACCUCUGAGAAUAACUCAUUGGACGCCUCAGAGCUCUCGGAGCAGGCCAGGCUGGAGGAGCAGGCAAUUGCAGAUGCAGAGCCCAAGAUGUACGACGAGAAGGGCAAGCGACUGAUAUACGGCGCCCAGCAGGCCAACAUGAUUGUCGAUGCCAGACCUACUGUGAACGCCAUGGUCAAUCAAGUUCAAGGCAUGGGAUCUGAGCCCAUGGAUCGAUACCCUGGCGCCAAGAAGGCGUUCAUGAACAUUGAGAACAUUCACGUCAUGCGCAGCUCGUUGGCCAAGGUUGUGGACUGCCUCAAAGACGCUGACAUCUCGCCUUUGUCCCCUGACCAGAACGCCCUGGCUUCGACUGGUUGGCUGAGACACACGCAGGCCGUCCUGAACGGGGCCGAUAUUGUCGCCCGGCAGGUGUGGUUUAAGCACUCGCAUGUCCUGAUCCACUGCUCCGACGGCUGGGACAGAACCAGUCAGCUCAGCGCCCUUGCCCAGAUUUUGCUGGACCCCUACUACCGAACCAUUGAGGGUUUCAUUGUCCUGGUCGAGAAGGAUUGGUUGUCAUUUGGCCACAUGUUUAGGCUUCGGUCCGGUCACUUGAACCAUGAGAGCUGGUUCACUGUUCAGAAGGAUGCGAUGGCUGGCUCGACCGUACAGCCCGGCGAAAACGACGGUCGCGACGAUGCCUUGCAGAAUCUGUUUACUGGCGCCAGGCAGUUCUUCAAUCCCACCAAGGAGGAUCAGGCUGACCUCGAAGCCGUUGCCGAGGGAUCUACUGGAAAGGUUGCCAAGGAUGAGGCCACCGUUCCAAAGAUGAUCAGUCCCGUCUUCCACCAAUUCCUAGACUGUGUGUACCAGCUUCUCCGCCAGAACCCCACCAAGUUCGAGUUCAACGAGCGAUUCCUUCGUCGUCUGAUUUACCAUCUUUACUCUUGCCAGUACGGUACGUUCCUUUACAACUCCGAGAAGCAGAGAACCGAGGCUAGGGUUUCCGAGCGAACAGCUUCGGUUUGGGAUUACUUCCUCUCCCGAAAGCCCGAGUUCACCAACAAGGAGUAUGAUCCGACCGUCGACGAGUACGUUAAGGACCGUGGCCGCAUCAUCAAGCCGAACCUUGAUGAUAUUCGCUGGUGGCAUCAGCUCUUCAACCGCACCGACGAGGAGAUGAACUCGCAGCUGAACGCUGUGGCGGCAGCCGCAGUAAACAGAGCCUCGGCUCUGGCCAACUUCCAGCCGUCCACCGAGGAAUCCUACGCAGACAGCCAGCCUGGCACCCCGCCUCAUGGAGCUUCAAGCCCCAAGCCGCCGCCGUCGCUGCCUACUAGCCAGUCCGUUUUAGCAGCCGUAGAGACGGCGCACACAACACUGACCCCCAAUCGACAAGAGCGCCAGGCACCGCCUUUGCACCGAAGUGUGUCGGCGGAAAACUCGAAUGCCUUCAGCGCUUUGAAAGAGGGCAUUGCCGGCCUCAACAUUGGCAAGAACGUCAGCGGCAUGCUCACCAACCUCGGCGGGCGCAACGCUAGCCCCUCGUCUACUUCGAGAGUUACAAGCCGCAGCGAGCAAGAGCUCCGGGAGAUGACAUAG